GCGCGCGCCGCCACGCGCCGCGCCAUGGAGCUGCUGGCGGGCUGCUACGAGCAGGUGCUGUUCGGCUUCUCGGUGCGGCCGGGCGGGCGGGCCUGGGCGCCCGCCGCGGGCUUCACGCACCACGCGCACAGCGCCUGCCUGACCGCCGUGGCCGCGGGCGGCCGCUUCGCCGUCACCGGCAGCAAGGACGAGACCAUCCACAUCUACGACCUGCGGCGGCGGCUGGACCACGGCGCGCUGGUGCAUCACCGCGGCUCCAUCACCUGCCUGAGGUUCCACGGCAGCAGGCACCUGCUGAGCGGCGCCGAGGACGGGCUCAUCUGCGUGUGGGACGCGCGCAAGUGGGAGUGUCUGAAGACCCUGCGCGCCCACCGGGGACACGUCACCUGCCUGUCCAUCCACCCCUCCGGCAAGCUGGCCCUGUCUGUGGGAACGGACAAGACCCUGAGGACGUGGAACCUUGUGGAAGGAAGGUCUGCCUUCGUGAAGAACAUCAAGCAGAACGCUCACAUAGUGGAGUGGUCCCCGGGCGGGGAGAAGUACGUGGUGGCCGUGCAGAAUAGAAUAGACGUCUACCGGCUGGCCACCGCCUCCGUCAGCGGCACCAUCACCUGCGGGAAGCGCGUGUCCGCGCUCGCCUUCCUGUCGGAGUCUGUCCUCGCUGUGGCCUGCGACGAGGAGAUCGUGAGGGUGUUUGACUGUGACUCGCAGCUGUGCCUGUGUGAGUGGCGCGCUCACGAGAACAGGGUGAAGGACGUGUGCAGUCUGGAGGUCCAGGGGCAGCGGGUCCUGGUCACGGCGUCCAGCGACGGCUUCAUCAAAGCAUGGCAGUUCAGCGAGGACAUGAAGGUGCCCCCAGCCUUGCUCUGCGCGGCGAAGACCAGCGCCCGGCUGACGUGCGUCGCAGUGUGGCUGGACGGCGCUGUGGGCAGCGGAGCAGGCCAGCCCCCCGGUGCGGAGCCCUCUCCAGUGAGUCGGGAGCAACCUGAAGUCUGCGAGGAGGACGAGGAGGAGGAGGAGGAG